CGUGCCGGCCGCGCGUCUAGUCCACGUGUCGGACACACUAAAUACCUCUACAUUGUAUUCGACGACAAUUAUGCGACAUUUAUCAAUAUAAUAUAGACUAUUAUAUAAAGUAUAAAUAUUAAAGUGAUGGAAUUUAUUUCGGAAAAGUGGUUAUCUAAAAAAUCUAAAUAUGGAGGAUGUUUGUAUUUUUUUAAUUAGCUUUUAAUAAUUAAUGUCGUGAAGUGUGGACACCCGACUUUUGGACAGAUAUUUGUGAUGUGAAUAAAAACAAUAACAUCAAAAUGUGGGUGGCUUUUAUUGGAUUUGUGUUCCUGUUUGGGGUGUCAGCGCGCCCAGGUCACUGGGACCAUUUGGGGCAGCCCUACUUCGACAAUAACACAAAGCGCGAGGUCGCAGCUACGAUCGGAAAGGCGGCCUUCCUACUGUGCAGAGUUAGGAAUCUUGCCGAUAAAUCUGUAUCGUGGAUACGGAAACGUGACUUGCAUAUUAUAUCAGUAGGCGUCCACACGUACAGCGGAGACGGGCGCUUCGUGUCGCUCCACCCUGAGGGCUCCGAUGAGUGGACGUUACGGAUUUCACCAGUCAAGCCGGCAGACUCUGGUGCAUAUGAGUGCCAAGUGUCGACAGAACCAAAGAUUAGUCUGUCAUUUCGACUAAGCGUUGUUGUUUCGAAGGCGGAAAUUUUAAAUGGAAACGAAUUAUUCGUUAGAAGUGGAUCGGACAUCAAUCUGACAUGCGUAACAAAGGACGCUCCGGAAGCACCCAGUUUUAUUUAUUGGUUUCGAGACAAAGACGUGGUGAAUUACGCGCAGAGAGGUGGCAUAAAUGUACUGACAGACCAGAAGACGAGGACCAGUCGCCUGCUAAUCGCAAGAGCUAUACCACAAGAUUCAGGCAACUAUACUUGCGCGCCGAGCAGUUCGGACCCUGCAUCGGUGAUCGUCCACGUGCUGAGCGGCGAGCACCCCGCCGCCAUACAGGGCUCCGGCAAUACAAUACGUCUCAACUAUUACAUAAUAACUACUCUCCUAACAAUGUACGUUGUGAACAAUUCCACGCGAUCAUCUUUUUUAUCCAUACUCCUAGCUAAUUAUAUUUUAAUUCUUCUAAUUGUUAUUUUUAUGUUGUUGACCAAUGUUAUCAUUAAUUUCUUAAUUCAUUGCACAUUAACAUAUUUAUUAAGUCAAAGUUGACUAAACACGCUACUGAAUUCGUUGUACUAACUUGUCUGUGACCAAUUCUAACUUGAAAUGUAAGCCUUAACUUACCUACUACUUCUAACUUUCAGAAUUAUAAUCAAACAACUUUGCUUUGUGUUUAAUUGUACCGCUUCAAAUUAAUAGAAUAACAAAUACUUUAAAGCAGGGGUGGUCUACUUGAGAACAAGAUCUACUGUUUACUGACAAAACCCAGUGCAAACUCCCAAUUGCGUGCUGCUUGAAGAAGCAGCAAUUUAUACAAACAUGUAGUAUUUUUGUUUUAUUUCAAGGGAAAACAUAAAACAAAAAUAUUAUUAGUU